UUGGCCGGUGGUUUGGCGUCGCCAAGCGGUGCUGAGGUUGCGUGGUGGGGCCAGCAAGUAGUGCAGUGGGUGCGACGUCUCUUGAUAACGUGUUCAAAGCGUCUCGAUCUGAGUGUCUGUCGAAGUAAUGACUGAUCCUACGCGUCUCAAUGGCGUGUCUUCCCCAUGAACCCGUAACCUCCGAUUCUGCCGAAAGCGCGGGCAACGAGUCGCCUGCGCGCCCGAAUGACUCGUCUUGUCAAAUGCGUUCGGUCCCUCAAUCCCCAAAGUGUGGCGUGAUCAAGCCGAAGAAAGUUGGUGCUGUCGCCUGACUUACAGAUGACUCGAGGUGCAAGCCGGAUAGGAGCAUCAGAUGAAGAAGAAGCCCUAAGCGCGCAGACCCUCAUCAGGGUGGAGGAACGCACAUGCGUGUGUGUGUGUGGGCCAAAAUUCUUGAUUUUGAUUCAAGAUUCUCGGGGCAAGCACAUGGCACGUGAUGCGCAGACGGCGUCCGUCAAUCACGUGAGUCUUGUUCACUCUUGACUUUGGACUGUUGAC